AUGACUACUAGUGUUAGCACGGCGAAGACCUCUGUGAAGGAUGGGUGCGGUCGUAAUGAGCCUCAUACAGCCAUCCUGUUGUUGAUGGGGAAGCCUCACAACAACCAAUCCUACCAAGAUGCAUGUCGCCAUGCAUUGCUCGGGGUCCUCUCUGGCGUUAUAUCUGUCACGACCUCCGCUCUACCAGGUCGGGAUGGCAACACGAGUAGUGGAGCCGUCUAUGCUACUGUUGUGACCAGGAGGGCUCUUACAGAGGGUUACAAGAAGAGCCUCGUCAGAGCUCUCAGCCCUUAUGGGAUGCAAGCUAUUGUCCUAUCUGUGGAGUCGUUGAGGAGUCUGGUCCUGUCACAAGGCGUGGCUACUACUAAUAUCGAGGCGGACCAAGCUGGUGGAGGCCGUAGCGUGGUGAAGCACAAGAAGAAAGGGAAGCGAAAUAGGAGGGGGAGGAAGGCGGUAUCUGUGAAGGCUCUCCCAUAUCAAGCAAAACCUAUGACCAUGCCCGGCCCUACCGAGUCACAGGUGAAGGGGCAACCUCUGGAGGAAGAGGAGUCCACGACAGAGAAUAACCCGGGGGUGGCCAAUGUGGAAGAGCCAGACCGGGCUGAUGAGGCCGCAGUUGUGGUGGAAUGCACUCCCCCAUGCAAGGAGGCACCCUCGUCAUCACGAUGUGAUCAUUUCUGUAUUUCCACGCCUAACGAUAGCGAGGCCACUGGUCUUGGAAUGGAGAAUGGCAUGGAAGAUGACAACGAGCAUGAAGAUGAUUUCAGCAUCGCUGAUGCAGUCGGCACAUGGCUUGGUGUGGAUGAGCUGGACGGCGACGAGGAUGGUCACCAUCGAGAUGAUACCGAGUAUUUGGACCAACACGGUUCUCCAAGGGCUCGUAAUGCAGCCGCGACGAUGACUUUCUUCAACUCUGCGGCAACAGCGUUCGGGUUCAGCAAGGCGAUGGGAAUGCAUCAAAAAUUUGCGGGAGUAGUUGAGAUAGUUGAGGACAGCACAGCUAGCACGGGUGGUGGCCUGCCUUGAUGGAACAGUAAAUGAAGUGGCAGCAGCCGACGUCGACCAGUCCUAGUACGAUCAUUUUAUUAUGUCACAUUAAUUUGAUGAUGAUCAUCAGUAACGCUGCAGUAUC